AUGGCGCCCUCGGAUCAGGGCUCCGGUGCCACGCCCACGCCCGAGACGGCCGGGGCAGCCGCGCUGAAGCCGACGGAGAUGCCCUGCACCUGCGGCCGCGACGAGCCCAUGCCCAUGCACCAGCACCACGAGCGCACGCUCUCCAGCAAUACCUCCUUCUCGUCUCCCACCGCGUCGCCGGCGCUCUCAUACGCGUCGUCGACGACCAACUACCUGCCGGCGUCCAACAAGCUCUCGUGCGAGAGCAUCCCCUACGCCGCGUCCGGCCCCGACGACCUCGGCAAGCUCUCGUCCUUCUCCUCCACGUCGUCCUACGAGAGCUUCUUCCACAUCGAGGCGCUCGACGACUCCGACUUCGGGCCCGGCAUCGGCGACGCGGCCGCGGCCGCGGCGGCGGCGGACAACAACGAGUUCCUGGACUUCGAGCCCUGCUGCACGACGCGGCCUCCGGCGGUCCAGACGAUGAUGCCGCCGCAGCAGGGCAGGCAGAAAGCCGAGGGCAGCGCCGCCGCCGCGGCUGCGUACGACCCGAAGAGGCUCCCGUCGUCCAUGUUCCGGACGCGGUCGACGAACCCCGCCGAAUGGAGCGCCACCUCCAACGAAUCGCUCUUCAGCAUCCAGCUCAGCAGCUCCGCCGCCGACCUCACCGCGCGAUACGCGGACUUCUACUACGACGCCGCCGGGUUCCCCCGGUUCCCGUCCCUGGGCCGCGACGCGGCGGCUCUGAGGCUGCCGUCCUUGUCGGAAUCGUCGGGGCGCUCAGGCGGGCUGUGCGUGAGGCACGACUGCGCCAGGUGCGGCAGCGGCAGCAAGACCAGGAAGUCCGUCAGGUUCGCCACCACCGAGAGCGUCUCCGGAGAGGGCAAGCACAAGCACUCUGUCGUCGUCUCCACGCUUGCGGUUGAGAUGGAGGAGACGACUGAGUCUCCGGCGGCGUCGGCAGCCAAGGCCCCGGCAGCAGGGUGUGUGGAAAAAGGAACCUUUUUGGGAGCUGUGAGUUCAAAUCACGUGACCUCCUUUAUUGACAUCAUAUAUGACCUGCCAUUUUCCAAAUGGAUCCAGUACAUGGGAGCUGGGAGUGUUCGGCUGAGUCAUGCAGGCCUUUUCAACCUAUGUAUUGUUGUUCUGGUUGCAGUGAAUAGCAGGCUCAUUAUUGAGAACCUGAUGAAGUAUGGCUUAUUAAUAAGGUCUGGCUUUUGGUUUAAUGCUACAUCAUUGCGAGACUGGCCACUGCUAAUGUGUUGCCUUAGUCUACCUGUGUUUCCCCUUGGUGCAUUUGCAGUCGAAAAGUUGGCAUUCAACAAUCUCAUUACUGAUGCUGCUGCUACCUGUUUUCACAUCCUUCUUACAACAUUUGAAAUUGUAUAUCCAGUGCUCGUGAUUCUUAAGUGUGAUUCUGCAGUUUUAUCAGGCUUUGUGUUGAUGUUUAUUGCCUGCAUUGUUUGGCUGAAGCUUGUAUCGUUUGCACAUACAAACCAUGAUAUAAGAAAACUGAUCACAAGCGGCAAGAAGGUUGAUAAUGAACUAACCACGUCUGACAUAGAUAAUUUACAAGCUCCAACUCUUGGGAGUCUAACAUACUUCAUGUUGGCUCCGACUCUCUGUUAUCAGCCAAGUUAUCCUCGAACACCUUAUGUUAGAAAAAGUUGGCUGGUUCGUCAAGUUAUUCUAUACUUGAUAUUUACUGGUCUCCAAGGAUUCAUUAUUGAACAAUACAUAAAUCCUAUUGUUGUGAACUCUCAACAUCCAUUGAAGGGAGGAUUACUGGAUGCUGUAGAGACUGUUUUGAAGCUCUCAUUACCAAAUGUCUACCUGUGGCUUUGCAUGUUCUAUUGCCUUUUCCAUCUAUGGUUAAACAUACUUGCUGAGAUUCUUCGAUUUGGUGACCGUGAAUUCUACAAAGACUGGUGGAAUGCAAAAACAAUUGAUGAGUACUGGAGAAAAUGGAACAUGCCUGUGCAUAAAUGGAUGGUUCGUCAUAUAUAUUUUCCUUGCAUGCGAAAUGGUAUAUCAAAGGAAGUUGCUUCUUUUAUAGCGUUCUUUGUUUCUGCUGUACUUCAUGAGUUAUGUGUUGCUGUUCCCUGCCACAUACUCAAGUUCUGGGCUUUCUUAGGAAUCAUGCUUCAGUCUGGGGUCUUAUGA